GCUCCCCACAGUCUGCCAGGGAACUCGGUGGGGCGAGGUCGGACACGCGCUCGCUGCGGAAGGCGGGACUUUCGUUUAGCGCUCCGGAAUACCUCAGCAGCACCCGCGCAGAGAUGGGGACCGGCAUCAUGCUGCAGACGGUGCUCUCCAUGCUGGCCACCAACAUGCAGUUGUUGCCGAUUCACCCGAACGAAGUCUACGACUUGAACAGUACAACACGGUGUUUUAAUAAGUAUGGCUGCUUCAGCAUUGAACCACCUUGGAAAUCAGGAGCCCGGCCAAUAAGCUUACUGCCAGAAUCUCCAAAAAAGAUAUCUCCAAAUUUUUGCCUUUAUACCAGGAAAAAUCGAUUUGUUUGUGAGCGUUUGGUGGAGGGUGAUGACAAAACAAUUCUUGGGAGCACCUUGUCUCCCUCAAAUCCUCUUGUGCUAAUAAGUCAUGGCUACUUGGAGAAUGGAAAUAAGACUUGGAUGUUGAACAUGAUGGUGGAAUUGCUGCAGUUUGCUGAUCUUAAUGUGAUACUCAUUGACUGGGGCGGUGGUUCUGCUCCUCCCUAUAGCCAGGCUGUUGCUAAUACAAGAGUGGUGGGAACAGUUGCUGCACAUCUCGUUAAUCAAAUAGGUAAACUUGGUUAUCGAACUACAGAUUGUCAUGUUAUUGGACAUAGCUUGGGAUCACAUAUUGCCUCGUAUAUCGGUCAAGUAUUGAAAGAUAAAUUCAAGAUAAGAUUGGCUCGUAUCUCUGCUUUGGAUCCAGCUGAACCUCAUUUUACCAAAACACCUCCAAUCAUGAGACUUGACCCUACAGAUGCUGAUUUCAUUGAUGUUACUCACACAGAUACAGCUCCGUUUAUCAGUGGAGGUCUUGGUCUUUUGGAGCCUGUGGGCCAUGUUGACUUUUAUCCCAAUGGAGGAGUUAAUCAACCAGGUUGCAGUGAAACUAUGUCUCAUUAUAUAGGCAGAGAAAGAGGCAGCUUUGUUGGAGGUUUACAAAAAUUCCUAAGCUGCAAUCACAUUCGCAGUUACAAGUACUAUACCGAAUCUAUCAAUACUCGGUGCCCAUACAUGGCAAUUGCGUGUGAAAGUUGGGAACACUUCAAGAAUGGAUCUUGUUUUAAGUGUGCUAGUGAGAUCACCCCUGAAAGUCAUAGACGUGGAGAACGUCUCUGUGCUACAUUUGGAUAUCACUCUCUUUCUCAUCUGAAUCAGCAAUGGCAUGGAAAAUCUCUGAGUUUGUCUCAGGAAAAAUUGUACCUCAUGACAGGCAGUAGAACACCAUUUUGCCAGGAACAUUACAAAGUCGGUUUGCACAUAUCUGGACUUCCUCACAGUGUAAAACACGGAGCUGAAAUUGGCAUGUUUUGGGUUACAUUGCUUGGUGACAAAGGAACUUCUCAUCGGAUGGGUUUCACCACAAGUGAACAGUUAUAUGAACCUGGUUCCGUCCAUCAAACAGUUAUUGCUAGCAGAGGUGUUGGUGCUAUUCAAUCAGUAAUUGUCGAGUGGGAAUAUCGUAUGUCCUUCUUGAAUCCUUUAAGUUGGCGUGUGAUGGGAAUCCCUAAAAUCUACCUGGAUUGGAUUACUAUUACAAAUUUGGAGACUGGAAAUGAAUUUAAAACCUGCCAAAGAGAUGGAAAGCCAAUAUUAUCUACGGAACCUCUUUUGAUGGCCCAUAAUCCUAUUUGCAAUAUAACAAUUCCUCCUACUGUGACUACAGUACAUAAAACACAAUUCCAUUGACUAUAAAUUAACAGCUUUAUUGCACUUUGGAAAUGAGAUUACAAUUAUUCAAUGAUUGAAGAAUUGUAAUGAAAUGGAGGUAACAAAUCCUCCAUUGUGAUCUGAAAGAAAGUCAGUCUCUAUGUUAACUCUACACAAGUGUCUUGGUAGAUGCUUUUUGUAGUUAUGUUCCUUUAAACCAAAGAAUGAGACUUCUUUUGACUAGACACAACUCAUAUUUUACUUUGUUAUCAAGUAUUGUUAUAUUUUGCAAUGGUUCCUGUUCCAAACAUGAAGAAUCUCAAAUGUUCAUGAUAUAGUGCUGUGUCACAAAUCUCAAUAUAUUUUUCUAGUAAAUGAGAUAAUGCAAUGGUAGAAAAAAAAUUGUGAUAAAGGAAAGCUGCAACUAUUGUUAAAUGCUUUACAUGUCAUUACAGAUUGCAGUGUGAUGGCAAAAUAGCUAUAGUGCAUAUCAUUAUCUUGAUAAAUGAUGUAAACACUAAAAAAUGCCUGUUGUGAAUUUUCAACACAUGGGAUUACUUACGUUGUACAGUUUCAUUUGUUUUUACUUUAUUUAUUUGUUAUUUAUUAAUUUCUUGAGUGUGCUUGUGUAAAGGAAUCAACAAUUCCUAGGAGAAUCAAUGUAAAUAAAUUUUGUCCAUGACAUAAUGGUAGAGAAAAACAAUUCUAGUGAUAGACUUCCUGUAUGAUGAAUAUUUUGUUAAAAGUGUGCAUUGGAUGUAAAUAUAUUAAUUAUUACCAGAAUGUUUGAUGUGAAGAAUGUUCAUUACAUUCAAAUUCUCAUAGUUCGUUACAUUAAUAAUCAUGGUAAAGUGUUUUUUGCAUAAAUGAAGUGUUAAGGUAAAAUUACUACUGAAUGAGUGUUUAGAGAUUAUUUCUGAUUGAGAAUGUGUGAAAUAGAUUGAGUGGCUCUUAUACAUGCCUGUUUUGUGUAGAAUGUACUAUAUUUUACCUUGUAUUUGUUUGUGAGUGCUGAAUUUUGAAAGAACAUAAAUACUCGUAUAAACUUCAUAGAUUGUUUGUACUUUAAAGUCAUAAGUGGACUGCAGAAUCAGAGGAAUCCAUAUUACUUUUAGCGUGACACAAAGUGUUGCAAGGAAAAUUGUAUGAUAUUUAUAAAUGCAUGGUAGUCUUUAAAAAUGAGUAUGUAUUUUAUGUUCUUGGCAAAAUGAUCGGCAUAUAUUAGUUUGUUAUAGUGAAUGAUUAAAUUUGUUGAGACACAAAGUGAAGACUUAAUUAGCAGUAUUUAAUAGUUGUUUAAUUUUAGAAGUGGGAAAGAUCAGCUCGGUCAAUGUAUAUACAAAGUUGUUGAUAUUUUUGUACUAUUUAUUUGUCUGUAAAUAUUAUUGCAAUAUUUGCAAUGUUAAAACAACUUAAAUGAUUGACCAAAGUGAACCAAUUUUUUAAAAUACAUAUAUGCUCAAAAGGAGCUUCUUUAACUUUUUGUUUUUUAUUUGAUCCUUAAAAACACCAUAUCAUCAAGAACCAAAACAUAUCUUGUAAACCUGAAAUAUUAAUACUCAAACAUUAAAGUAUAUUUGUUGAAAUGAAAAUGGCUGGCUGAAGAGAAGCAUUUCGCACAUUUUUAUGAUUAUUCAUGACUUUUUAAACACAAUUUCAAAUUCAGCUGUCAUAAGACAUUCCAGAAAUUACAUUCUCAUGUACAUUCUUGCCUCAAAUAUGGCAUAAUAUUCUGGGGAACCGCAGCCUACAGUACCCAGACUUUUAAUUUACAGAAAAAAAAUUACAAAUGUCAAGGAAAUACCAUCCAUGUGAUUCUACAAGACAUUCUGCAUUAAGCUUGGAAUCUUACCUAUGUAUUUACAAAUUUGUUGAUUUCGUCAAAACUGACUCACUUAGCAAUAGGAACGUAUUUUCAUGCAAUUCUAAUAUUUACAUUUACAAC